AUGCGCGCGCGCGUAGAGAAGGGGGGACUUAACCCGCCCACCCCCGGGAUAAUGUGGGAGAUGGGGUACUCGAGCCCGUCGGACGCGAUCGAGGAGCAUGACUAUGAGGAAGUGCCGGUGAGCGACGAGCCGCCGCCGCCGCUGCCACCCAUGAGAAGAAGAACGAGGAACCAUAUGCGGAGGAGGGAAGUCCGGUCGGUGUCGAGUUCUUUCGGAGAUGUCACCGCUGCGGUGGAUGCUGACGUUGACGUGGACCUGCUUAAGCCGGUGGUCUGCUGUAUACAUAAGUCUGCUGGCUGCUCCUGGGCUGACAACUUGUGCAAACUCAAGGCACACCUGAACAUGUGUAAAUACGACGCGGUGCCGUGUCGACUUCGCUGCGGUGCUCGCAUCGCCCGCUCUUUGCUCCAAGAGCACAUACAGACUACCUGCAGGAACAGACACCGACAGUCAAUGUUUGCCAACCUGCACACAUACCUGGGGUCCGGCUCGGAAGACAACCUGCUGGCAACAUCCAGCUCCACAGCGACAUCUAGUUCUGGUGACGCGCCUCCACUGCCUCCUGCCCUGCACUGCAAGAAGUGCCGGUUGGCCUUUCACACCCACAGGGCUCUAAAGAAUCACUUGAUGCAUGGGGGUUGUGGCCUGGAAAUGAUUUUGUGCGACUCGGGGUGCGGAGAGAAGAUCCCCAGAGCAAUGAUGAAUACCCACAAGGUGUCCAGUUGUGCCAAAAAAUCUGCUUGUACAAACUGCUCGCUUGUCAAUGAACCUAAUGUUUGCAAGAAACCCCUGACAACUGUGGCCAAAGUUCUGACGAAUCAGAAGCCCCAGAGCUUGUGUCCUUUCCGGAAUAUUGGAUGCGCUUUCAAGGGAGAAAGAACGGAUGUCGACGAACAUAUGAAGGCAAAAACUUCCGAACACUUGGCUGGACUAUGUGCGCUCGUAGUUUCCCAGCAGGAUGAAAUUGAGAACUUGAGAGCUGCUCUGCAGCACUUGUCCACCAAUAAAUCUGGCACCCUGAUGUGGAAAGUGAAAGAUGUCGGAUCACAGUUGAGGACAUCGCGAGCCUCCGAAGCCGUUGAGCUCACAAGCGCGCCAUUUUACACUUCCGAGUACGGGUACAAACUCCAGGCAUCAGUGUUCCUGAACGGGAACGGGCUGGGUGAUGGCAGCCACGUGUCAGUGUACGUAAAACUCGUGCCCGGAGAAUUCGACGCAUUGUUGACGUGGCCAUUCCCGCACACGGUGUCGUUUACGCUGUACGACCAGAACCCGGACCCGUCGAGAGCCGUGAAUGUGGUGGAAAGCUUCGCACCGGACCCGUCUUGGGAUAAUUUUAAGCGACCCUCGUCAGUUUCCAGCCCGGAUGCGCUAGGUUUCGGGUUUCCGAUGUUUGUUCCGCAUACAGUGCUUUUGCAUCCGUCUAGGUUCUACCUGCGCGACGACGCUUUGUUUUUAAGAGUUAAAGUGUCCAAGUGAAUGACGAAUCAUUUUAUCUGAUCUCAAACCUAGUUUUUUAUACACUCCUGAAACCGUAGUAACGUGGGAAUAAGAGCAUUCUGGCUUCCAAGAAAAAGUCCGCCAAGAAGCUCAGUUUCCCUGUCGAGGCAUCCGGAACGUCGUGGGUCACUUGUUCGGCAUUUCCCGGGUCAAAGUUUUCUUCCUGGAUAGAUGACUGAUUGAUGACGCCAUUCGGUGUGUUCUGUGCUGGGUACAGUGGCUCAUUGAUGACGCAAUUCGGGGUACCCAGUGGGUAAACUGGCGGAUUUGUGACGCUUGGGGUGGUACUUGGGGCUUCAUGUGUUGACCUAUAAGGAUUCGAAAGUGAAUACAGGUAUAGUCAAUACCUCGUUUAUGUGAGCGAUGAUUUCUGAAGUUCCCUUGAAGUCCUGCAUGAUGGCUGUGGGGAAAUUUGUGGGAACUGGAUGCGUUUGUGUGUGUUCGGCCUGUUUCGUGUCUUAGUAUCGGACGCCCGGCAGAAUCCCUUUAUUGUUUCUAAAUUGUCUCUUGUUUGUCUUGGGUUCUUACUGCAAAACCGCGCUUUGUUUCUUAUAAGUGGGACCCCGACGUGCGGACAAUUCGACUCAAGCACAAUUAAAACGCAAAAAAUCUGCCCGAAAAUCUAGACAGUGUCUAGAGAUAUGGACACUUUUCUAAAAUUUCUGGAAAAGGGAAAAUUUAUUUUUUACAAGAUUUGGAUAUCUCUUGGACAAAUAGAGCUGCCUUACAAUCACAGAAAUUAAAAAUAAAUGUAUUAUAAAUUUCUUCAAAGCCACAAUCAAAACAAGCUGAUUUUGUGCUCCUUUUUUGGAUUAUUUUUCCGUCAUCUGUGCUCGGGAUAGCAAGAUUUGUUCUUGUUUGCUUCUUGUGCACCUUUUGAUGCCAUAAGAUCAGAUUUUACGGUGUUUUCUUCUGCGCAGUUAUUUUCUAUAUCUUGAAAUUGAGAGUAAAUGUCAUGCACAAUUUUUUGGAGGACUUAUUUCUAAUUUUUGAUAAACCAAAGAACCAAUUGAAUAAGUUCCCAUUGAAAUCUAUAUGGGAAAAUGUGAUCCGGCAUGCGGUCACUCCAACAUUGGGAGAAGAUCCAAGCACUAAUUACGUCCGCAUCUCGGGGCCCCACUGUACAUAAAUAUUUGAGAAAAAAUCCGACUUGAAGGAAACGCUUCAUCUGAUCUCAAACCUAGUCUUCACACACUUCGGAAACCAUAAUAACUCGGAAACAAAAGCAUCCUGGCCUCAACGAAAAACUCCUGAAAGAAACUCAGCUUGUUUCCCUGAACGGUUGUGGGCUCCUGGCUGGUGGAUGCCUGACUGAUGACGUUCAAUGGGGUUUCACCUGCCGAUAACCUAAAGGAUUUCAACGCAACAUUAGUCAGUCGGUGACGUUUUUAUGUCUGCUGUGAACUCAAUCAACCUUUGAUUGAGCUGAAAAUAUUACUUAUCGAUAAAAGGACCCUUGACGUAAACUUUAUAAGCUUACCUUAUACUGUACUGCUAGCUUUGUCCACGGAGUAAUCCCCCUCUCAAUCUGAAUGAAUUUAAUUGUGAUUGGUGUAUGAUCCACGUUAAAUGAAAGAUAAUUGCGGCGAUUAUGGUUGUCCAAUUCGGCGGCUCAAAGAAUUCAUUUUCUGUUCACCUCCUUUUACUCAAACGUACAAAAGCAUGUAUAAUUUCUUUGAAGAAAUACAUUCAUUGCGUGUUCACGUGUGUAUAAUGUUUUUUUUUUUUGCGGAAAAUUUUCCAUUUGUUCAAAUUCUGGAAUAUGCGUUGAAUAUCGAUUGAAGUCCUGAUAUGAAACCUGUCAUUUCUGUGGAAUUGUUGAGUGAAUUAAAAUUGCUUGAACUGCGA